CGGACGCGGACCGCUCUGUAAGGCGAGUGGUCUCCGUUGCUCGGUGCCCGAAGCAACCUGACGGGUGUUUUUCAUUCUCAAUCUGUUGACUGGCUCCCCCUCUGCCUGAACGGAGUCGGAGUUGAGACUGGCUUGUUGCUGACCCCAGCGCCUCGUGCAGGAAGCGACUCACGUUUUUCUGGGCAGCCGGAGCAGAAGCUGGGUCUGGACUGAGUGGCUGAAACGUGAAUUGGACUCAACUCGAGUAGCAGCAAAGACUGGCAGGGUUGGCCGGCGGGGGAGGCUGCAGGCUCGCUCCCCGCCGCUUCCCGGCUCCACCGCCCGCCUGCCGGAGCGGUACCGGCCCCUUCCGACAGAGCCAGGACGGGAGCCCGGGAUCCUCCGCUUGCUGCGGGGAUGACUCCGGGGGGGCGCCGAGCCCGUGGCGCGCAGUGUCCCGUGAACUGUGAGUACUGCGACUGAACGGCGGCCAGCGAGCGGGCGAUUAGCACCCAUUGCAUGAAUUAUGAAACAAUAACUUUCGGAAGAAGCAGGAGGAAAAAAAAAAAGGAUCUAUCGCUGGUUUCCCCUGGCCGACUCUACACCCUGCUCUUGCCCCCUCCCACCUCUCCCUCUCGCUUUUUCCUUUCCCGGAGAGAGGAGAGGUCUGGGAGGAGGGCAGGCGGCCGGCCCCGGAGGAGGGGGGCGCCGAGGGGGCUGCGAUUAGAAGGAGCAGUAGCAGCAGCAGCAGGAGAAGAUGCUGAGGAUGCGGACCGCGGGAUGGGCGCGCGGCUGGUGCCUGGGCUGCUGUCUCCUCUUGCCGCUCUCGCUCAGCCUGGCCGCCGCCAAGCAACUCCUCCGGUACCGGCUGGCCGAGGAGGGCCCAGCAGAUGUCCGGAUCGGCAACGUCGCCUCGGACCUGGGCAUCGUGACCGGCUCGGGUGAGGUGACGUUCAGCCUCGAGUCAGGCUCCGAGUACCUGAAGAUCGACAACCUCACGGGAGAGCUGAGCACUAGUGAGCGGCGCAUCGACCGCGAGAAGCUGCCCCAGUGUCAGAUGAUCUUCGACGAGAACGAGUGUUUCCUGGACUUCGAGGUGUCGGUGAUCGGGCCCUCGCAGAGCUGGGUGGACCUGUUCGAAGGUCGGGUCAUCGUGCUGGACAUCAACGACAACACGCCCACCUUCCCUUCGCCGGUGCUCACCCUCACGGUGGAGGAGAACAGGCCGGUGGGCACUUUGUACCUGCUGCCCACAGCCACCGACCGCGACUUCGGCCGCAACGGCAUCGAGCGCUACGAGCUGCUCCAGGAACCCGGGGGAGGUGGCGGCGAGGGUCGGCGCGCCGGGCCUGCAGACAGCGCCCCCUACCCCGGGGGCGGCGGGAACGGCGUCAGCGGCGGCGGCUCCAAGCGGCGGCUGGACGCACCAGAGGGUGGCGGCGGCGGGACCAACCCCGGCGGCCGCAGCAGCGUCUUCGAACUGCAGGUGGCCGACACCCCGGAUGGCGAGAAGCAGCCGCAGCUGAUCGUGAAGGGGGCGCUGGACCGCGAGCAACGCGACUCCUACGAGCUGACCCUGCGGGUGCGCGACGGGGGCGAUCCGCCCCGCUCCUCACAGGCCAUCCUGCGGGUGCUCAUCACCGACGUGAACGACAACAGCCCCCGCUUCGAGAAGAGCGUGUACGAGGCUGACCUGGCCGAGAACAGCGCCCCAGGGACCCCUAUUCUGCAGCUGCGUGCCACUGACCUGGACGUGGGGGUCAACGGGCAGAUCGAGUACGUGUUCGGGGCAGCUACGGAGUCCGUGAGGCGGCUGCUGCGCCUGGACGAGACGUCCGGCUGGCUCAGUGUCCUGCACCGCAUAGACCGCGAGGAGGUGAACCAGCUGCGCUUCACCGUCAUGGCCCGCGACCGCGGGCAGCCCCCCAAGACCGACAAGGCCACCGUGGUCCUCAUCAUCAAGGAUGAGAACGACAACGUGCCGUCUAUUGAAAUCCGCAAGAUUGGGCGUAUCCCACUCAAGGACGGGGUGGCCAACGUGGCCGAGGACGUUCUGGUCGACACUCCCAUCGCCCUGGUGCAGGUGUCCGACCGAGACCAAGGGGAGAAUGGGGUGGUCACCUGCACCGUGGUCGGGGACGUGCCCUUCCAGCUCAAGCCAGCCAGCGACACGGAAGGCGACCAGAACAAGAAAAAGUACUUCCUGCACACCUCGGCCCCUUUGGACUAUGAGACCACCCGGGAGUUUAACGUGGUCAUAGUGGCGGUGGACUCAGGCAGCCCCAGCCUCUCCAGCAACAACUCUCUGAUUGUCAAGGUGGGAGACACCAACGACAACCCACCGGUCUUCGGCCAGUCAGUGGUGGAGGUCUACUUUCCUGAGAACAACAUCCCUGGUGAGAGGGUGGCCACAGUGCUGGCGACAGACGCCGACAGCGGGAAGAACGCGGAGAUAGCUUACUCCCUGGACUCCUCCGUGAUGGGGACAUUCGCCAUCGAUCCCGAUUCUGGGGACAUCCUCGUCAAUACAGUACUGGACCGCGAGCAGACCGACAGGUACGAGUUUAAAGUUAACGCCAAAGACAAAGGCAUCCCGGUGCUGCAGGGCAGCACCACGGUGAUCGUGCAGGUGGCCGACAAGAAUGACAAUGACCCUAAGUUUAUGCAGGACGUCUUUACCUUUUAUGUGAAAGAAAACUUGCAGCCCAACAGCCCCGUGGGAAUGGUCACAGUGAUGGAUGCUGACAAGGGGCGCAAUGCAGAGAUGAGCCUCUACAUCGAGGAAAACAGUAACAUUUUUUCCAUUGAAAAUGACACUGGGACCAUUUACUCCACAAUGUCUUUUGACCGGGAACAUCAGACCACAUACACAUUCAGAGUCAAGGCUGUGGACGGAGGCGAUCCUCCCAGAUCAGCCACAGCCACCGUCUCUCUCUUCGUUAUGGAUGAGAAUGACAAUGCUCCCACAAUUACCCUUCCCAAAAACAUUUCCUACACUUUACUGCCACCUUCAAGUAAUGUCAGGACAGUAGUAGCUACAGUGUUGGCAACAGACAGCGAUGAUGGUAUCAAUGCAGACCUUAACUACAGCAUUGUGGGAGGGAAUCCCUUCAAGCUCUUUGAGAUUGAUUCCACCAGUGGUGUGGUUUCCUUAGUGGGAAAACUCACCCAAAAGCAUUAUGGUUUGCACAGGUUGGUGGUGCAAGUGAAUGACAGUGGGCAGCCUUCCCAGUCCACCACGGCCCUGGUGCAUGUGUUUGUCAAUGAAAGUGUCUCUAAUGCAACUGUGAUUGACUCUCAGAUAGCCAGAAGUUUGCACACCCCACUCACCCAGGACAUAGCUGGUGACCCAAGCUAUGAAAUUAGCAAGCAGAGACUUAGUAUUGUCAUCGGGGUGGUUGCUGGAAUUAUGACAGUGAUCCUAAUCAUCUUAAUUGUAGUGAUGGCAAGGUACUGCCGUUCCAAAAACAAAAAUGGCUAUGAGGCUGGCAAAAAAGAUCAUGAAGACUUUUUUACACCCCAGCAGCAUGACAAAUCUAAAAAGCCUAAAAAGGACAAGAAAAACAAAAAAUCCAAGCAGCCUCUCUACAGCAGCAUUGUCACUGUAGAAGCUUCUAAACCAAAUGGACAGAGGUACGAUAGUGUCAACGAGAAGCUGUCAGACAGCCCCAGCAUGGGCCGAUACCGAUCCGUUAACGGUGGGCCUGGUAGUCCUGACCUGGCCAGGCAUUACAAAUCCAGCUCCCCAUUGCCCACUGUCCAGCUUCACCCCCAGUCACCAACUGCAGGAAAAAAACACCAAGCCGUACAAGAUCUACCACCAGCCAACACAUUUGUGGGAGCAGGAGACAACAUUUCAAUUGGAUCAGAUCACUGCUCUGAAUACAGCUGUCAAACCAAUAACAAGUACAGCAAACAGCCAUUUCGUAGAGUGACGUUUUCUGUUGUGAGUCAGCCUCAGGACCCACAUCAGGGGUCACUGCAGAGUUGCUAUGACAGCGGGCUGGAGGAGUCAGAAACACCAAGCAGUAAGAGUUCAUCAGGGCCAAGACUGGGUGCCCUUCCACUCCCAGAGGACAACUAUGAAAGGACCACGCCGGAUGGCAGUGUUGGUGAGGCAGAGCAUAUGGAAAAUGAUUCAAGACCUCUUCCAGAUGUAGCCCUGACUGGGAAGUGCACCCGCGAGUGUGAUGAAUAUGGCCACUCAGACUCCUGCUGGAUGCCUGUCCGCACCUCCCCGGAGAGGAAGAAGAGCCAGCCCAAACUCUCCACUUUCAUGCCUGUUGAUGAACGAGGAAGCCAGGAAAAGCUGGCCAAUGGCGAGGCUGCCGUCAUGGGUGACCGCAACAGAAACCUCCUGAACAAAAAGUUGACCUCAUCCUAUGAGACCUUCAGUGCAGCUAGUUUCAGCAAAAGUGAGGAAGCCAAUCCGGAGGACAUUCCCCUUACAAAAACAGGGGAAUACAAGCCAUCUCCUGUCAACACUCUCACUAGAAGAGAAGUUUACCUGUAGGCUAUACAGAAGCAACAACCAAGUUCUUUUCAUGUAUGAGAAGGAGAAUAAGGGGCAAAAAAACCUUACAAAGCAAAACCGUUUAAUCAGAAAGAGGGGGCUACCAAAGAGACAAAGCUUUGCCUGCCACUUCUGCCUCCAGAUCAGGCCAUUAGUGAUGCUGUUAGCCUGAUUGUAAUGUACAAUGUAGAAACCAUCCUUGUUACUUGCAUGUCUGACCCCCUCACUGAUUCCCAACACCUGCUCUCCCUCUUCCCCACCAUCCUCCCACCCCCCAAAAAAAGAAAAGAAAAAGAAAAAAAAGAUGGUUGCAAGUUUCUUUCAUGGUAAUAAGCCUGAUUAGCAGAACACGACACACUCUCAUUACCCCUAAGCAGAAGCAUGAUUUUAGUCACUUUGAUUUAGUUCAAAUGUCACUUGACUCAUCAAAAGAGGUAGAUCAAGUGAAUAUGUAUUUCAACUAUAUUAUCAGAAUCUGAUUAAUCACUGGGUAAAGCAAUCCCUCAAAAAUAAUACAGUCCAUCUAAAGGUACAGUUUUAUGAACAUGGGCUCUGUAAGAAGCGUUCUUGGGAAGAUCACAGCUUUAUGUUCUAUCAAAGACUGAGAGCUGAACAGUAGUACCCAGUCGGAGCUUGCGGUCCCACAAUCAGCUAGAUUGUUCUUUUUAAGUCAGGAGCAUCAACUUCAAUUCCGUACACUCAUUGACUAUUCUUAUUAUACACAUACUCUUGACCACUUGUAUCAAUUACACUGAUUAUAAUUUAUAAACACUAUAUGUGUGUUUUUCAGAAAAGCAUCACUAUUAUCAACUAACUGGAACAAUUUUCUCAUUAAAAGGCCAAAGAUCAUAUGGCAGAUCAGGGAAAUCAUGGAGUAGAUUUGGUCUUGACUUGUAAAUCCAUUGAGCAACAAAAGCAACUGAACCUAUUCAUGUGCAGAAAUGCUCAAACGCCCGUUUACUUUAUAUUUUCCCCAUCCCCAGAAAACAUGCAUUUUCUUUAAAAGUUCAGAAGAUGAAAAAUUAAUGAGACAUAUUUUGGUAUUAUAAUAGGCAGUUUAGUUGAGGUUCAGGUUUAGUUUCAAAAAAUAUUAUCAGGGAAGAUUCAACUUUUUAAAAUCAUAUUUGUGAGGAGUUAGGGAAAGAAAGACACAUUGACAUGCAAUCUGAAAAAUUAAGUUUACUGUUAUCAUUUCAGAAUCCAGGUAAUGCUUGCUGAUCUUAAUUAUCCACAUUUCAAAUUACCAAUUGCAUUUUAUGUGUUCAGUGCACACUUCCCCAUAACACAAGUGCAUUAGUUUUGAACCUUGUGCAAUAUCACACUACUUUGAGACUGACAUCAUUGAAACAAGGAAUCACCCUAAUAGACUUUUUCAGUAAUUCGAUUGAAACAUGAUUUAAUAUGCGUCUUAAAACAAAUCUACACUGCCCAUGAAAGAAAUGAGUUCUGGGCAGUAACAUGUCUCAUACUAUGUAGAUCUCAAAGUUGAAAAAUAUGCGGUUUUCUCAAUGUAGUAAAAAGAAACAGAACAUGCAGAUUUUGAGUCACUUGUUCUAUAGAGAAUGAUUUAAUGCAAUUGGGAAUUGAGCUGGGACACUCAGACAAAUGUGACAAUCCAGUGACAGAUAGAGGGGACCAGAGGAGAGGAAAGCAAAAGUUCCCAUCGUUGAAUGUGUGUACCCUGGUUAAAGCAUAACCUUGAUGGCUCUCUGGCAAACUGUAGAAACAACGUAGCUCUGCAGAAUUUUUGAGACUAUAAAGUGAAGCAGCCUGGAAUAUAGGUUGUUAAUUCACUAUAGGUCAUCAAAAUGCUUAUCUUUGAAAACCACUUCUCUGUUCGGUGGGUUACUCUUUUGGGGUCAUUUCCUUAUGAUCUUUCUUAAGUGGAGUUUUCAUUUUGAUGUUAGCUUGUGUAUAAUAGUUAGAAUGAAAGAAGAUAUGUAAUUGAAACAAAAACAUUGGACUAAAAUACCAAUAAUUGAACAUGUUUAUGUUUGAUUAUUAUUUACAUUAUGGAAAGAUGCAAUCCUAGUAUGUUGUUAGGAAACUGCAUUAAAGCAGUUCUGCCUUGUAUAAUCUGUAAGUACCUAUUAAGACAAAAUACUUCUAAAGAUACUUAUAAAAUGUAUACAUAUUUUUUCUUGCACGUUACAGAGGAAAUACUCAAUUGCAUAACAAACACAGGUGUUCAACAAACUUUUUUAAUGCAUUUUUUUCUUUCUAUCAUGAGACACUUGAAACUAGUAGAUAUAGCUCAUUUCGUUCUAUCUUAAAACCCUUCUCUUGUCUAUAAAGCUAAUACGGGUCAUGUUGGACCUUCAGAUUAAUUGGAUCCACAAUCCCCAAUGAUGUUUGCACCACAUUCAAG